GGCGCCGCUGCUGUCGGUACCGGUGCCUCCCCCAGUGAGGCUCCUGGCUCUGGCUCUGGCUCUGGCCCCUCCCCCAGUGAAGCUGCCGGCUCUGGCUCUGGCUCUGGCGCUUCCCCCAGCGAGGGUGCCACUGGCUCCGGCUCCGGCUCCGGCUCCUCCCCCAGCGGUGCUGCCGCUGGUUCCGGAGCUGGUUCCGCCGGUGCUUCCGCUGGUCCCAGCGGAGCCGGUGCCAUUGGAAUCGGCGCCACCACCCCGGUCGUCUCUUACACCCCGGUCCCCACCCCUAGCGGCUUCCACCCCUCCUCUCGCCCUCUGAUCCCCAGCAGCAAGCCCGCUUCCUCCAAGCUUGUUGCUUCCUCCAGCGCCACCCCCGCUGCCUCUAGCGCCGCCCCUGCCAGUUCUUCCUCCAGCUCUUCCGGCUCUAGCUCCGGCUCCUCCGCUACCUCCCCCGAGGGUGUCUCCGCUGCUGGCACUGGCUCUGGCUCCGCCACCACUCCCUCCGCCCCUGUCUUCACUGGCGCCGCUACCCGCGCCGCGGCUGGUGCUGGUGCCGGAUUGGCCUCCGUCUUCGCUCUCGUCGCCUUCCUUCUGUAA